ACAAGUAUACAUGCUUUGAUUUUAUACUGUGGUCACACUAUAGAAGUUUAAUUCUAUAGGGUGCUGUCUGCCGUGGUUGUGGUAUUAUAAUUACCAAUAGUAUUUGGUGUAUUUGUAUGACAACAUAAUUAAUUAUAACAUUCGUAUAAAUAUUUUACGAUAAUGACCAUAAAAAAAGAAGUUUUUGUAGACUUGCAAGAGAAGUAUGAAAAAGUUAUCAAGUUACUGGAGGAAGAUAGUAAAUUAGAUCCAGAAACAGAACCCUACCUCUCUAAAUAUUCUGCCAGACAAAUUCUCAUUGGAAUGAAAGCAAAUAUAGAAAAUCUUAGAAGAAAUCAAUCGACAGAAACUAUGUGCGAGUUAAAAUUAACUGCAAUGUUAGGAGCAGUAUACUUAUACUUGGGCAUGGUAUCAAUAGAUACCGAAGAACUGUCCACAGGAGAAAAACAUUUGGAAAAAUGUAAAGAGGUUAUAGAGCAAUAUGAAAUGGAACCAGAACUGAUACUUGUUGCCAUGAAUAUGUACAACCAAUUUGGUAUUUUAUGGUCACAAAGGGAACCUGAAAAAUCAAAGAUUUAUUUAAAUAAGGCACAAGAACUGUAUCUGCAUUAUAAAGAAAAGUCCACACCACCCAUAGACAUUAGUGAUUUAUUCAAAGUCAACUUGGAAACUUCUGAUUCGGCUGUAUCACAGAAAAAUUUUGAGAAAGUUUACACUUUCACACUUUAUUACCUUGCUCAGAUUUAUGGUGUGAUGAAAGAUGCCUUGAAAAGUUCCAUAUAUUGCCACAUAACAUUACAGAGACAACUGGAAAUGACUGAUUAUGAUCCAAUAGACUGGGCACUCAAUGCCGCAACUUUAUCACAAUUCUUUAUGGAACAAAAUGGUUUCAAGCAGGCACGUCAUCAUUUGGCUGCAAGCUCUUUCAUACUGGAGAAAUACGAAAAGGAAUUGAACGAAAUGACUGAAAGAAAUGAAGCUCAUGAUGCUCUUAUUGAAACGUUCAAACACAGGAGCGCUGAUGUGGCUAGAUGUUGGACCAAGUAUGGAAUAUGUCUGCUCUCAAAGUCCAAGGAAAGGCUUCUUCAUCACACUGAAGAAAUACAUGAGAAGUGUACCCUUUCCUGUGAUUUGUCAAAAUUGAAACUAACUUCAGAUUCUACGAUUUCUACAGAUGACUUGAGCCAUCUGGAUUUUGAAGGAAUCGAUGUUUCAUCUCAUGAAAACCAAAUCGCAGAUAAGUUUAUCCUGACUAUAGAUGAUGCUAGAAAAGUAUUUCGAAAUGCCCACCAGUGGUCGGUCAAAGCUCAACAAUAUUAUGCUCUGGAUACUCUAGCUUCAGAUUAUAUAGAAAUAGUUUUAGAUCAGACACAGUUAUAUCUGAAUCUCCUUUUUUUCGAAGAAAAUCCAGACAACCAGGCCAAAUUGCACAAGAGAAGGAUUGAUCUUUUAGAAAACAUACUCAACAGGGUGAACUCAAAGUACUACUUACAGUACUGCCGAAAAGUUUGGUUUGAACUAGCUCGAACCUAUGCUGAUAUACUUGAUAUAAAAAGUGAAAAAUUAAGAAAUACCAAAGAGCGUCCCACUCCUCAAGCCUUAACCAAAGUUAACAAUUUGGUUGAAAAAGCAAUAUUUCACUACUCCAACUUCAUAGAUUCUUUCAAGGACUCUGUAACUGGUGACUUUCCUUCCAAGUUACAAGAAGAUGCUGAGAAAGCAUUCCUACAAGCAUACUUUCAUGUAGCUGCGCUCUAUGGAAGGUUUGUAACUUUGGAUAAGGAGAUGCAGCUCAAAAAUACAGAGGCUAGUUUGAAGAAUUAUAACUUCGUUACUAGUUAUUGUGAUAGAAAUGACGAGGCGAAGAAUUUGAUAUCUAUGGAAUAUGGAAUAUGCAAAGAAAUGACGACUUUAUUACCAGUGAAAAUUUUGAAGAUAAAAGGUUCGUGAAUGAUUUAAGAAGUAGAAUUUUGGGGCUUAUUUUGCUCUUUUACUUGAAUAUUUUGUUAUGUGACAUAACUGUUCUAUUUUAGAACGUAUAAGUUUUUAUCAAAGCUUGUCUAAUAAUUUAUUAAAUGAUUCUGUGAUA